GUCUCAUAGAGACAUUGAGAAUGAAUCAAUGAAAUCAAAGUUAUCUUUAUUUUAAUUUCCUUUACUUGUAGUGUUCUUCCCCUUUUAGUUAGAAAACCCUAAUUUUAUAGUCUUGAUAGGAAUCUUCCUAUCAAUUGGUGCUUUCAUCCAUGUACUCAAAUCCUCCUAUGGAUUAUGCUUAUCAUACACCUUCAUCUCAUCAAUGGAGCAUUCCUCCAACCUAUUCCACACCCACACCAACACCUUCAUUUCCAUCAUUCCCAUGGGAACUCUUCACACCUUACUACACUCAUGGAUCUUCAUCACCAAAAUUUUAUCUAAAUCAUGGAUAUUCACCUCAUACACCUACCUCAUAUCCACCACCACCUAACUCAUAUUCAUCAUCUCAUUAUCCAUUCUACUACAAUAAUCAUCAUCAACCACUGCAAUCAACAAAAACCUAUCACACAUUCACACAACAUCAUCCAAUGAACACUUCCACCCAUAUGGGUAGUUACUACCAAGAAGCAACAAACCAAUUUCACUAUCCAGAAAUUUCCCCUGUGAAACAGAAAUCAUGUAAGUUGUCUAACUUGAGAUUCUCCUCCUUAUUAUCGGUUAAAACCGACAAACACAAAAGAGGAAAAAGAAGAACUAUAACAAGAAAAGAAAAGAGAGCUUAUGAACCAAAAACUCACACAAGAUUUUCGACGGCGUUACUAACCAUUUCACCAGAACCACAGAUGCUCGAUUCAAACACCGAACCUCCCGACAACAACGACCCCACGGUGGAUGACUACAACGAAGCUCACGAAAUCGUGGAGCUCAACUCCGUGGAACUGCUCGCGAAACAUCUCCAUUUCUGUGAGAUUUGUGGGAAAGGUUUCAAGCGCGACGCAAAUCUCCGACUGCACUUGCGAACCCACACCAAAUCCUCUCCCAACGUUUCCGCAACACUCGCUCUCCAGCACCAAUUCCUCUCCCAACGUUUCCGCAACACUCGCUCUCCAGCACCAAAUCCUCCCUGCCAAGCAGAAUCCUCCCUCUGUGAAGCCGCCAACACUCCCAACUUCGGCCUCGUCGUACUCCGCCUCAUCGCCGAACCAGCCGUCGAUGCUCAGAUCCGUCAAUCCACAGCCGUCAACUUCAAAAACCACCUCCGUCUCCGAUGGGAGUUAGAAGAGAGCUCCAUCCUUGAAGCCGAGAAAGAACAUAUCAAAACCCUAUCCGUUUCUCUCAUGCUUGUCGUUUCUCCCAAAACCCAAUCUCAACUUAGCGAAGCUCUAGCUAUCAGUGGUAACCACGAUUUUCCUAAAGCAUGGCCUACGUUUCUCGCUGAACUCGUCACCAAUCUCCAGAAUGCAUCUCAGGUUAACGAGUACACUUCCAUUAACGACAUUCUUAGUACUGUUGAUUCAAUUUUCGGGAAAUUUCGUGUUCAGUUUCAUUCCAGUGAUAUUUGGAUUGACUCGAAGUAUUGUCUCGAUAAUUUCGCUGCUCAUUUGCUUGAAACUUUGCUUAAAACUGCAUCGUUGAUUGACGUUGCUGCUAUGGCGGCACCUCCACUCACAAUCGUAACUAUAAUUCCCACAAGGUACCCUGCUUCAAGACUUUUCACCAAUAUCAUUUUCAGUGUGUCCUAUUUAAUGUAUCUCAUGGAAUUUGAGCUCAUGAAUCUUAGUCCAGACUUGGCAAAUAUUCUAUUGACAGUAAAUCUAGUUUUUGAUCCUGGACCACACCAAUUGUGGCAACGUUGCUUUGGGGAUGGCGUGAGAUGGAUGAAAGAUUGUAUGACAUUAAUGGAAGACACUCGGAACAGUACCAAUUCAAUGUUUAGGAUCGUUGUGGAUUUUGUUUUCUCCUCUUUUUUUGAUACUAACACUUACUGCUCCAAAUCUAUGUUCUACAACAUUGUUAGAGGUUCCUUAACAAUGUUAAAAACAACACAAAUAAGAGAAAAGGUUCUAGUUUCUGCUAAGCACUACAUUAGUGACGAUGGAACAAUCGACGGGAUUGAUGAGAGUUACACUGUUAUAGAUAGAAAUGAAUUGAUGGAAAUUCACAUACCAAGCUACUUAAGUUCCAUUAGCAAGGGUGUGGCAACUGUUAUGGUAUCUGACUCAAGUUGGAAUGAUAGAAUCACCACUCCGCAUCGUGUAAACUGCACAGAUUUGUUUCAAGCAAGAGUUUUUGCAGGCGUUUACAGGUUCAUGGUUCCAAAUUUCUUCAAGAAUUUCAUUAACGUUCUUACCGUAUUGGCGAAAAAUGAAUUUCUCUAUUUACAUGAGACGGAAAUUUUUCCUGCUAAUUUGGCCUCAUUGGUAGAUGCAAUGUCUGUUUUUCUGCUAAUUGUUUUUCUUUCAAGAGUUUCUCUAAGAAAGAUUCUUCUGAUAGGUGAAUUUGAAGAGUAUCCGGAUGAGAACCGAAUGCAUUGCACUGCUCGGUUAGUCGAUAUGCUGAAUUCAUUUGCAAAUGAGUUUCAAAAUUGUGAUGAAAGUAAUUCUACCAGAGAUUUUCUUAUGGAUGAGAUCAAAGUUCUUGAGGAAGCCAAGUGUAUUACUCUUCCAAAUUUCAUGCCAAGAACUGCUGUUCUUAUAUUACUUCAGCGAAAAUUGCAGGUUUGUACUCCUCGAGCAGCGGAGCAUCUUAUUUCUAAGAAGAAAAGGUUGCAGCAAGAACUAGACGUGGCUAGAGAGAAACUUAAGCACUUGCAGACAGAUGUAAAGUUGCUAGUAAAGGAGGUGAAGUCCCUUAGAAGCUCUCAGUUAGAACUAAAGCAGCAGCUCGACGAAUUGAAGGAGGAAAAUAUAAGUGCAGGCUCACUUGAGUUAAUGGAACAUAGACAUUACAAGAACAUGACGCAGUUCUUAGCAUCUUCCGCUGAAAAUGGUUGGCAAGUUCUUGGUGGUUCUGUCUCCUCUAAAGAGAUUUCGUUGAAUGAGAUUGAACCUGGUCCGCCGACUAUUCUUGUUUUAGAACCUUGAGGACAAGGUUCAUGUGAACCCCGCGGCAAUGAUA